UCCAAACUGUUCCCUCUCUCCUCACACUUUCACUCCUUUCUGCUUGCUGGACAUGCUGGAGGAUGUUCUAUUCAUCCAUGUGACCUGGGCUGGACAGUAGCGGCAUCUGACCAGUGCUUUUGGAGUGGGAUUGAAUGUAUUUUUCAGACAUGGGACCCGAAAUCCUAAAUUCCUCAAACGAGGCUGUGAGCUUUGGUGGGAAAAGCGCCUUCUCGCAAAUGGAGCACAACAUUGUUGCCGGAUACCUCAUUGCUGCAUGUGUGGUCAGUUUGUCCAGUAACCUUGUGGUGCUGAUUAUGUUUGCAAAGUUUAAAGAACUGCGUAAUGCCACUAAUGCCAUCAUCAUUAAUCUGGCUUUCACUGAUGUUGGUGUAGCAGGCAUUGGUUACCCCAUGUCUGCUGCUUCUGACCUGCAUGGCAGCUGGAAAUUUGGGCACACUGGUUGCCAGAUCUAUGCUGCCUUAAAUAUAUUCUUUGGGAUGGCCAGCAUUGGACUGCUUACUGUGGUAGCCAUUGAUAGAUAUAUAAGCAUCUGCAGACCUGAUAUAGGCCAGAAGAUGACUACACACUCAUAUACACUGUUAAUUAUGGCUGCAUGGCUCAAUGCAGUGUUCUGGUCUGCCAUGCCCACCAUAGGUUGGGCUAGUUAUGCUCCUGAUCCAACUGGAGCCACAUGCACCAUCAACUGGAGGAACAAUGAUGCGUCCUUUAUCUCCUACACGAUGGCUGUGAUUUCUGUUAAUUUUAUCAUACCGCUAUCGGUCAUGUUCUAUUGCUAUUACAAUGUUUCAGUCACUAUGAAGAGGUACAAGGCAAGCAACUGCCUGGACAGUAUUAACAUUGAUUGGUCAGACCAGAUAGAUGUAACUAAGAUGUCUGUUGUGAUGAUUGUGAUGUUCUUGGUGGCCUGGUCACCAUACUCUAUUGUGUGUCUUUGGGCAUCGUUUGGUGAUCCUAAAAUGAUUCCUGCACCGAUGGCCAUCAUCGCACCACUCUUUGCAAAGUCUUCCACCUUCUACAACCCCUGCAUCUAUGUUAUCGCCAACAGGAAGUUCAGAAGAGCCAUCAUGGGGAUGCUGCGUUGCCAGACCCGACGACACGUCACCAUCAACAACCAAGUUCCUAUGACGAUCUCACAACAGGCUCUUAACCAGUAACCUCUGAUAAUGCUGACAAACCCCAUCAUGUCCUCUGCUCAGCGCUGGGCGCUGAUAGUACCUUGCAUUGUUAUAGCAGAAUAAGAUUUGAAGGAGAUUGGUUGCCACUUGAUAAAAGUUAAACAUUGCGUUAUGUGAAGAGACUGAAUUUCAGGGUGGAAAUGAACUUUGCUUCAUCAUCAUAGAAAUUCUAGUAAGGUCCUGACACAAGAAUUGUGAUCAAAUGUUUGACUGUUAUUUUACUAUACUACACUAAAUGUUUUAUAAUACAUAUAGUGUAUAAUAAUUAUUUUACUAGAAUACACUAAAAAUACCAUAGAAUGAUGAUGAUAUAACUUAAUCAUAUAACUCUAAAUCUUUUUAGAACUAUUUUAGUUCAACAAAACAGCACUUAAAUACGAUACAACAAAUGUGCUUGUUAUGAUUAAUCAUGACUGUGGGUUCAAGAGUUCAGUUGCUCUCAGUCCCUCAAGUUUAGUUUCAUAGGGAAAAAAUUCUGAGGAGAACAGGGGAGUUAUUUGAUUAAAUGUGUGUUUAAAUAUGUGAUAUGGUUAAGACACGUUGUGUUGCAGCCAGGAGUUGAUCUCGUCUUGGUUGCGAUUCACCCACUCAAUAUUGCUUUUCACUCUCUCCAAAGCCUGUUUUCUGGGUGUCUCUCCUGCUCCAGCAUUUGGGUGUAGGGCAAAAAAGUGUUCCAUCUGAAAACAGAACAAAUGAAGGAAUAAACAAACAAAUAAAUAAAUGAGUGCAUUUAUUAGUAGAAAUCAUCAGGAUAUAAGCAUAAGUGUGUGUGUGUGUGUCUUACCUUCCACAGCUGCAGCUCUGUGUUGUAUGACGUACUGAUUCUGUUAAGCAGACGUCCCAGGUUCCUGUCCGUAAUUGUGUACCUAAAACACAUAAGAUACCGCAAGAUAAACACCAGCUGAUAACA